AUGACGACAGAGUCUUUUUUCAAUCCUUUGGAUAGGUCGCAGAUCGCUUUCAUUCCAGCAGACCGGGAAUCCAUUGUAGAUAUCGAGGGUGUCCCGGACACGACGCCAAGCUUAGACGGUUUGCGCAAGCCCUUCAAUGACCAAUAUUCUCGUCGUGACUCUUUGGCGCCGUCCGAGACGUCGCAGAGCAUUUUCAGUGACGGGUUCACCGCUGGUAGUCCAUGGAGUUCCGUCGAAAACAUGGAACGGCUUUCCAGUGUGUCAAGCGGCUCGUCGUGUGGCACUGGUAUGAGCCACGGCAUUCGCUACAAGGUUGUACUCAAGCUCAAUGUGCGGGAGAUCAACUUGAUCCGCAACUCGUGGAGUAUGAUGCUCAACGACGAUCUUUCCGGAGACAGGUUUCGCACAGUGCUUCGUAGGAUUUGGAAUGAGAUAGGAGCUUCUUCUUGGGGCAGUAGCGGUAAUUCACAGCGUAAAAGCUCCGUCACGAGCGUGCGCACGCCUCACACUAGCAAGGCACGUGCGGGGUCUAACAAUACGUGGGGCUCGACUUCAAAUGCUCAACCAACAUUCACUUCCGCCUCUAAACCCAUUAGUAGCGGUGCGUUCGCAAGCUCUAUUUUCUGCAGCCAGUUCUACGGUAACUUGCUAUACAUGGAACCCGCUAUCGAACAAAUGUUUCCGUCGAUCAAACAUCAGGCAGUAUCGUUUGCUGGGGUGCUCACUAUGGCAGUCAACAACCUGGAUGAUCUCUCGACACUAGAGACCUAUCUUACCGGCCUGGGUAAACGUCAUUCUCGAAUUCUGGCUAUUGAGCCACCUCACUUUGAGCUUAUGGGCAUGGCCUUCCUUAAAACUAUAAAGGAGCGCUUCGGAGUCCACACAACUUUGGAACUGGAGGAAACGUGGUCAAGACUGUACAGUUAUCUGGCCAACAGUAUACUGCAAUUUGGCAUCGACCCGGUGCUAAAGAUUGAUGCCACGAGAAACGAAAUAAGAUUCCCAGUACCAGACGUGGCCAAGGGCCUUCCUUACACUGCUAGUGCACUUCAAAGUCCUUCUAUGGCUCAUCAAUCAUCAAGUCAAAAAUUCAGAGUAAGCUCCACUCCAGAGGUUAUGUUAUCUAUGGCGCAGAAGCCAGUAUCACUUCCACGAAGUAAUACUAUAAAGACACCAAAACAGCUGAAAAAGAACGAAAUCCCAGCUAGGUCGCUUUACGCUACAAAUAAAUCCCAAGAACAAGAUAAAGACUGUGUGAUAAUGUGA